AUGACGUCACUUCUUCAUUCUGACAAAAACAAUCAUCGUAAAAAAUUACCGUGUGAAAAAAAACGUAAAUACGCCAAAGCGAAAGAUAAGAAGUUAUUCAAUAAAUCACGAAAUUGAUAACUAAUCAGCGACAAAUAUUGAGCUUUUUUGAAGCAACAAAUUCGGGAAAACAAGGAAUUCAAUGUACGCUUGUUAGAGAAGACCAUUAGAAAGAAAUUUAAAGAAAAAAAGUAAAAAAUAUAUAAAUAAAAUGUGGAAUCAACCGUAUCAAGGUUAUCAAGAUCCAAAUCAACAAUAUUAUGGGCAACAGCCCGGAUAUCCGCCACAGCAACCCGGAUAUCCGCCUCAAGGAUUUCCCCAAGGCCCCGGAUACCCUCCGCAAGGCUUUCCUCAAGGCGGAUAUCCUCCGGGAGGUCAGCCUGGAUUUCCUCAGCCAGGAUUUCAACAACCCGGAUUCCCAAAUAUGCCCGCUGGAAUGGGUUUUCGUCCGCAAAUGCCUCCCGUUGGCGACGAUGAAGGCAUGAAAGGCUUCGAAUUUAAUGAUGAAAGUAUUCGUAAAGCGUUCAUUCGGAAAGUUUACUCGAUUUUGAUGUGUCAGCUCUUGUUGACGCUCGGAUUCAUCGUGACCUUCAAGUAUCACGACAAAACAAAUUUGUGGGUGCGACAGAAUCAAUGGCUGUUCUACGUGUCGUUGGCUGUUAUGAUCGUAACUCUCAUUUCGAUGGCUUGCUGCACGAAUGUUCGACGCACGGCUCCGACAAAUUUCAUCUUUUUGGGAUUAUUUACGCUCGCGCAAGGAUUUAUGCUCGGAUGCACGACAAUUGUCUACAGAGGCGACGAAGUAAUGUUAGCGGUUGCCAUUACGGCAGUCGUUUGUUUCUCGCUGACGAUUUUUGCGUUCCAAACGAAAUGGGAUUUCACCGUAAUGGGCGGCGUUUUGUUCGUUGCUGUCAUUAUUUUGAUGCUUUUUGGACUGGUAGCGAUCUUUUUCCCCGGAAAAACGAUGUCGAUGGUUUAUGGAUGCUUCGGAGCGAUUUUGUUCUCCAUCUAUUUGAUCUAUGACACUCAACUCAUGAUGGGAGGCAAACACAAGUACUCGAUCAGUCCUGAAGAAUACAUUUUCGCCGCAUUGAAUCUCUAUUUGGAUAUUGUCAACAUCUUUAUCUACAUUUUAACCAUCAUUGGAGCAUCACGCGAUUAAAUUUUAGUCUGAAAAGUAUAAUUUUACAUCCUUAUUAAAAAAUAAUCAAGCAAAAAAAUCAAUAGAAGCAUAAAACAACUGAUACAAUUGAAGAAAUGUGUCUUACGAAAGUAUUCACCCGCAAAAUAACAGACAAUAUACACUCCAAUGACCUCUUUUUCAGAGUUCAAUAUGGAAAAAAAAAUUAAAAUCAAAGAAUUUCGGAAAAGCUUCGUCCAAAAAUGUCUGUAAUUUUAAUGUUUUAAAGAAUUUUUGCUUAGAUCUUAAAAAUAUUUGUUAUUCUCUCAUUGUUUUUUCUCGCUGCAACUUCAAGUGAGCUGUAAAUGUUUAAAAAAAUAUUAAGAUUAAUCGAAUAUUAAUAUUAAAUAAAAAAAAUCACGAAUAUAUAUAAAAAUAAAAUAUUACACUCCUAUAUUUAUUACCUACUAAAAAUAAAAAUAAUAUUAAUAAAAAAAUAAAAUAAAUAAAAAAUAGAACAGAUUUUUUUCUCAAGGAAUUUGGAGAAUUUAUGAAUGUAGAAUUUUCUAUACGCGAUAGAUGGUAUUAAAUAUAUUAAAAUAUUAUUAUUAUUAUA